UGUCCCCGUUUUGUUGUUUUUCCAGGAGCUUUGUUCAUAAACUACUACCAGGACAAUCCCCCGGGAUUAUUUUUCUCCAUGCCUGUCUUUCUCUCACUCCUCUGGGCUCAUCUGAAAGCAGGCAUCGUGCCUGAUGUUCUUUCAGUGCUCAGUGUCAGCUUGGCUCACAAGAUCGUGCCUACUCAUGAAUUCCUGCUCGCCCUUUUCACCUUUGUAAGAGAGAAAAGCUUCACAAGCGUUGUCCCUCGCCUCCUGCUGCUAACUUACAAGAUGGCCAGUGAACGUUUAAUGCUGAGCUUGGAUUGCUUCGAUGUUGUUAAAAACACUCCUGAAUUCCAGAAGCUGAUACAUUCAGAUGCGUCUGCCAAUCUUAGAUUUUAUAUGACCAGCAGUGUGCCCGUUUCAGACUCCUUGAACUUGGCCUGUGUUAUGGUGGAGAUGGAGCUUUGUGUUAAGCAAGCGGACUGGUGCUGUCUGGCGAAAGCCUUUAGCUGCAUUUGCACACCCCACCAACAUCCCAGCCAACUGGAGCGCAUCAGCGGCUACGUCGCUGUCGCUCUUCUGUCGGAGACCAAAGACAAGAUGUCGGUGCCGUUUGCGGCUUUCGCUGAGACAAUUUGCCCCAACGGAGUUCCAGACUGCCUGUUGAUGGGUUUCACUGGCCGAAUUGGAGUCUCUCUCAUGCUAAGAUACCAUAAAACUCAACAGUGGGCCAAGGGUCGGAAGGUAGUGGAGGUGCUGACCCAAUUCAAGAUCAACUACUCCAUGCAGAAGGGUUUGUUUGAGAAUGAGAACGGUCAGUCACGCUGCCACCUGAUCACCUUGGCAACAGAGAUCUUCCUCCUCAGUGGCAGCCUGGAAGGAGCCCUCCAAACUCUCCGAGAGAACAAAUGGUUUGUGAGUUGCAAUAUGUGGCCGUGUGAGCAUCCGGACUUGGAGAAUAGAAGCCGUGUGCUCGUCCAUCUGGCUGAGAAAGCCUCGCAAAGAGACGCCUUGGAGGUCUUGUGUAAUCUCCCAGGAAUACAAGAACCCAAUGAUCAGGUUGAUAUCUCCAGGUACACCCCCCUGUUUAAUGCUCACCUGAAAGUGUGCGUGGACAGACUAAUGCUUUCCGUAGCUGCGGACUCGGUGGACUUGAUGCUUUCUCAAAAGGUACCAGUAGAGGAUGCUGUGCUGCAGGCGCUUUUGCACAAGCUGGGGAAACAAAACCUCUGGCUACGUGCGCGCAAGAUCUUCAGUCACUCUCAAACCGCUGGCUAUUACCCAGCCGUAUCGGCCCCCGCUGGGUUCAUGGCGCUGACUGUUCCUAGUCGACUGGGGGAGGUGGAACUCGCGCUCACGUUUGAGAUGUUAAUUACUGUCAAUGCUUCAGUCAUUCUCCCUAUUUCUGAGAAGACACCCGCCACCCUCAGCAUCACCCUAAAAAGGAUUCAAGAGAGCGAGAGCGAGUACCUCUCAGCCGGGAGCCGUCUGCUCUCAGCGGCGCUCAUCCCCCAACCCAAACUGGAGGUCCACUAUACUGCUGUGAACUCCUCACAAGAACAAGUCUUCACGCUUAGCGUUGCCUCGGCCCAACGCUGGCUGCGAAGCAAUCAUAUGUGGGCGAACGACGUGUGGACUAGUUAGUUUCUUAAGGAAGUUUAAAGAGAGUUAAAAAAAUGGUUAAAGACUAGAGUAGGUGAUUGUAUUAGUGAUGGAUAAUUAUUGUACGUUCAAAUACUGUUACUGUAUAUUUUUGUUCAGUGUUUUUAUUAAAUGUUCUCAAUGUUCUGUUA